AACACGGCCCGGUACGGUUCUGUUGCCCCGUGCUCGAAGCAUCCUCUUCGUGAUGGGAGCUCGUUGCCGCGGUGGUGUCGGCAGCAUCCCUCGGUAGCCGAUUCCACGACCCCACCGAUGUCGCAGGGCUCGUAUCAGGGUGACACGCGCGGUUCUUAAUUGCUCGUUCGUUCGUUCGUUAGUUCGUGGUUAAAGAACCGAAACGAGAAAGGAAGCGCCAAACAGAGAGAAAGAAGUGCGAGUGAGAGAGUGUAAGGUGCGAAGGGGAGGUGUGCGUGCAGAAGCAAGGACACCCGCAAGGAACCCUCCGAACAUCGUGUGUCGAAUGGAGAAACAGUGGUGAGAGAUAGAGAGAUAGAGAGAGAGAGAGAGCUGUAGCAGUAUAGAAGACGCGGGUACGAGGUGUUUUAUUCCGCUUGAAAUCACAAGGAUAGAGAGGGGGUGGUGUCUUCAUCAGCGGUCCAUCUUCUUUGCUGACGCGAUUCAUCGAAACAGACUAUAGUUCUAGUCUGUUGAUAAUUAUCAGCUAGAAAUCAUCGUAACGAAAGAUGUCUGGGAACUAUUCAGCCCGCUGCGAACCCGGUUUGGUUGUGCCAAAAUGGCACCCGGAGGAGAACCUAUAUCUCUCGGAUAUAAUCUUUCGCGGUAUCGUCUACUUCUUGCUGCUGCUGUAUCUAUUCAUCGGCGUGUCGAUAAUCAGCGAUCGUUUCAUGGCAGCGAUCGAGGUGAUCACGUCGAAGGAGAAGGAACUGGUGGUACGUCGUCCGGGCAAGGAGCCGCAGAUCGUGGUCGUUCGAGUGUGGAACGAGACGGUGGCGAAUUUAACGCUGAUGGCUUUGGGCAGCAGCGCACCGGAGAUCCUCUUGUCGAUCAUCGAGAUCUGGGCGAAGAACUUCGAAGCCGGUGAGCUGGGACCCGGCACGAUCGUUGGCUCAGCCGCGUACAAUCUCUUCGUCAUAAUAGCUCUGUGCGUGUUCGUGAUACCAAACGGUGAGACGAGGAAGAUCAAGCAUCUAAGGGUGUUCUUCGUCACCGCCACGUGGAGCAUCUUCGCCUACGUGUGGCUGUACGUGAUCCUCGCGGUGUCCAGUCCGGGUGUGCUCGAAGUUUGGGAGGGUAUACUGACCUUCUCCUUCUUUCCUGCCACCGUGCUAACAGCCUACGUGGCCGAUCGUCGUCUCCUCAUCUACAAAUACCUUCACAAAGGGUACAGGAUGAACAAGAGAGGCGUGAUCGUGCAGGCCGAGGCUGGCGACUCGGACGGCGGGGUGGAGCUUGAGAUCAAGCCGCAGCAGGACAGCUUCAACAGCAUGAUGGACGCGGAUACGCCCGAGGCGAAGGAAUUCGAGCAAACCAGACGUGACUACAUCAACACUUUGAGAGAAUUGAGAAAGAAACAUCCGACCCUACCUCUCGAGCAACUGGAAGUGAUGGCGCACGAGGAUGUACUCGGGAAAGGGCCAAAGAGCCGGGCUUUCUAUAGAGUCCAAGCUACCAGAAAGAUGGUCGGCGCCGGUAAUCUAAGCAAGAAGAUCAGCGAAAGGGCGCAGAGCGAUCUUAGCGAGGUCAAGGCCGAGCUACAGAGACAGGAAGCGGAGAGCAUCGACAUCGAGAACGUGAACGCAAUGAGGAUUUUCUUCGAGCCUGGUCACUACACGGUGAUGGAGAACGUAGGCACAUUCGAGGUGGGAGUGACCAGGGUAGGCGGUGACCUAAGCAAACCUUGCACCGUUGAUUAUUGCACCGAGGAUGGAUCCGCCGAGGCUGGCUCCGAUUACAUCAGCGCCAGGGGCACCCUGACCUUCGACCCAGGUGAAACCAAGAAGACCAUCAAGCUGUCCGUGAUCGAUGACGAGCUGUUCGAGGAGGACGAACAUUUCUACGUAAGAUUGAGCAAUGCGUCGCAGCCAGCGAUGUUGGUUUCACCCAGUUUGGCCACGGUGAUGAUCCUCGACGACGAUCACAGCGGCGUAUUCGGCUUCCCCGAGAGGGACAUCGAAUUGGUGGAAAGCGUGGGACAGUACCCUUUGAGAGUGGUGAGAUACAGUGGUGCCAGGGGUCGUGUCGUCAUCCCUUAUCGCACGAUCGAAGGUACAGCCAAGCCUGGCAAACAGUACAUGCACACCGAGGGCACGCUUACCUUCGAGGAUAAUCAAACCGAAAAAGUGAUCAACCUGUCGGUCAUCGAAGAGGACUCGUACGAGAAGGACGCUCUGUUCUACGUCGAGUUAGGUGAACCACAACUGCAAGGAGCCGACGCAGGAAUCGCAGUCGCGGCGGAAAUGAAACAACCGGAAGAGAGGACCGCCGAGGAGAAGAUGGCAUUACUGGGUAAACCGAAGUUGGGAGAGGUGUCCAGAGCACAGAUAAGGAUCAAGGAAUCAAAGGAGUUCAAGAACACGGUUGACAAGCUGGUUCAAAGGGCCAACGCCUCUAUAUUACUCGGAACCAGCUCCUGGAAGGAACAAUUCACGGAGGCACUGACGGUCAGCGGAGGGGACGAGGACGAAGGCGAAGGAGCUGGUGAAGCAUCCGCCCCAUCCACCAUGGACUAUCUCAUGCAUUCGGUCACGAUAUUUUGGAAGGUGCUGUUCGCGUUCGUGCCACCGACAGAUAUUGCUGGUGGUUACCUGUGCUUUGUCGUCAGCAUAUGCGGAAUCGGUGUGGUGACGGCAGUUAUUGGGGACGUGGCAUCCUACUUCGGAUGCACUUUGGGAAUCAAGGAUUCCGUCACCGCAGUGGCUUUCGUCGCGCUUGGAACUAGUAUCCCCGACACGUUUGCGAGCAAGGUGGCCGCCUGCCAGGACAAGUACGCCGACGCGAGUGUGGGGAACGUGACCGGAAGUAACGCGGUGAACGUCUUCCUGGGGAUCGGCAUCGCGUGGAGCAUCGCAGCCAUUUACCAUGCCUGCCACGGCGAAUUCUUUAUGGUGGAACCCGGCAACUUGGCUUUUUCCGUUACGUUGUUCUGCACGGAAGCGUGCCUGGUGAUCCUGAUUUUACUACUGAGGCGGACAAAGAGUGUUGGCGGCGAACUCGGCGGCCCUUUUGUACCAAAGGUCAUCACAUCCACGUUCCUUUUUUUCCUAUGGGUGUUCUACCUCGUAAUGUCGACCCUCGAGGCCUACGGCGUUAUCGAGGGCUUCUAAGGAGCCCGUUCGACGCCAAACGUCGGCCUACCUGCUGCGUCUAUCUUAAACUCUUACGUCCGCCAAGGCGUGUGCUCAACGAAACGUUCUCUCGGCAAGUAUACCAUUGAUUCUCUGUUUAUCAACACUUUUUCAUCUUGGAAUCCUUGAAAGCUCAUUCUCAGCUUAACCACAUGACAUCAUCAUUUUCUUCGUACAACACAUUUCUGUCUUCAGUUCAGCAUCCAGUCACGUGUUCUUCAUCAACCAAAGAGGGAAUGAAGAGGAGAAGCGAACUUUUUAUAUCGAAAUACUUUUAUUUUAUCUAAUCGAUUUAUCGUUUUUUCUUUCAGGACAAAAAAAAAAGGAAGGGUGGAAUCGAAGGGGUGCGAUUUCGCUGGCGAACGAACUCUGUGCCGGAUCACCUACUGGUAGCUUUCACCCUCCCAUCCGAGGACGAUUAACAACGAACGUGAUCGCAUGAUGAUUGUCGAAUGCCUGCGUGUGCGUACGUACCUGAGAGAGAGAGAAAGAACGCGUGAGUAUGUCUGAAAAUGUGUAAUUUAAUUGAAUAGUGAACUGUCGGAAUUAAAAACGAGCAUGAGAGAUUAUAGAGAGAUAGGGAGAAUGAACGAAUUAGUGAGUUUGCCUUAAAAAUAAUGUUUAAAAAAGAUGAAACAUAACAAAAGGACGUAGGUAAAAAAAAAACUCGUUUCCAGUCUCGAGCCACGGCUCAUAUGUUCACAAUUGUUAUCGAAAAGAAUAUAUUAUACAGGGUACAGUUGUAUUCGUGAUUUAAUCAUAGAAGUAGUGAUUCUUUAUAGAAAAUAAUGUUGAGGGUAUGGACAAACAUUUUUUUUAUAAUCAUAUGGUAAAUGAUAGUCGUUUGAAUCUCAAAUAUUUAAAAAGGGAUGUUUUCCUCCCACGAUAUUUAUUUAAGAUGAGUCUUCAUUGAUAUUUAACAAUUUAAUUUUUUUAAUGAAGAAUCAUUCCUUUUAAGAUCGUACUACGACUACAACCGGCCUCUGUAUAUGCACAUAUGCAUACAUCCACAAACAUAUACACAUACACGUACUAAAUAGCGUAUUUAUUAAACCGUUUAAGGAACACAGGUUUCUAUGGUAUUUUAAUAGCGAAUUGUAUUGCCAUUCCUCCUUCGCCAGAGAACGAUGUCGCUAAUUUUAUAUAAACGUAUAUUAUCGAACGCUACGUCAUCUGUCAGCACUCCUCGAAAUUUUCACGAUUAGAUUGUAUUACAGUAUUGCUUUUUCAAGUGAAAAGAGAGCGAGAAACAAGAGGUAAAAUCGAUAAAACACGUGUUAUUACCUUGAUGGAAUCGUAAAUAGAGAAUUCGACACUGAGAGAGAGAGAGGUGAUACUGUAUUAUACAGGUUCAAGCGAGAGUGAGGUUCCAAGUGUGUAUACGCAGUAGAACGUCGAAGGUGAUACUAUUAGAUGCUGCAAAGUGGGCCUUCCCCCACCAUUCCUCAUUCACUGCGCAGAACCCACUGCGCAACGACCUUACGUAUCUCCCCUCCUCUUUCCAUUUCUCCAUUCUUUUUCUUAAUAAUUAUGAAUCUAAAUGGUUCUUAUUUAUUAUUUUUCUAUUAGUUUAUAUUUUUGAAAAAUCUCACUCUCGUUUGGCAAAAUUAUAAAAUUCUAUACAAUCUUAAGGCUACGUUCGGAUUGAUAUAGUAAUUUGUAACUAUCCUGGCUAGUCCAAUGACUGAUACAAAUUACUAUACCAAUUUAAAUGCUGCCAGCAGAAUAAUGAGGAUGUGUUGGAGAUGAAGAGUUGCUACUCAGAAAGAUGGAUAUCUUUCCACUUACAUAGUCAGUACACCCAUUCCUCGAUUCACGCGAUCAAAGAAAUAUAAAAUACAAAUUUUCUCAACACGCACGCUUCUCUUCCGCGAUGUUUUUCUUUUUGUACUACAGAAAUCCGAUUUACGCGUCAAGAAAAACGUAGAAAGUGUACUUGGCGUGGAUCAGGGAAGUGGGUGUACAUUGAAAUGGGGUCGUCGGAUCGUAUCGAUUUGCAUCGCAAAGAUCACGAUUCGCGACCGUCGAUGGAAAAUACUAUUAUAGAUGCAUAAGUCGACGAUGUACGCGGCUAACAGCGAGGCAAUGUACAGUGGAAGCGCGAAUUUCUCAUAGAAUCUUUCGUUUCUCUCCCAGAGGAGAUGAAACUUCCUUCAAAGGAGUACAGAUCGAGAGAAGAACACUUCAGAAGUCGCAGAAAUUACUUUCGAACAAACGUUUCCCCCAGAGGUACACUGCGUACUUAUCGAUCUACUUAAGACCGUCAAAGGAUUAAAAAUUUGCAUACGUUUCGAUGGAGGAGCAAAGAUAUCGCGCGAUCUCGAUAAUAAGCCCCGCUAGCCGCGAAAUCGAUCGGAUUCGUUAUCCGACGCGGUGAAACGCGUUUGUUAUUUGUUAAGGAUAAAUAGGUAGGCACGAUUGAACGUAAUCAAAUCAUUGCUCGAACGUGAAUGUUUUUGUUGGUAUUCACUGCCUUUGAUCGAGGCUCGCUCGCGUCAAGUAAAAAUUAGAUAGAAUAGAAAGAGGAUGAGUUUAGACCAGGCCUGGGCAACUGGUGCUCUUGGGCCCGCGGCUGUUCGCCAUCAUUCAUGACGCAGUAACGUCAGAAGUUGUUAAGAGGAGUAGGAAAACUGCUCAUUUUCCUUCCUACUCUUUUCUCAUUUGCUCGUUUCAUCCCACCAUAUGGCUAAUGCACUUUCAGGCAUGGCUUAAGUGUUCGCUCGUGGCUAUAAGAUAACUGCCCACUGGGCACCUAAAUGCCCAGGCCUGUUUUCGAUAUACGAUGUACAAAAUGGUUCAUGGAAUUGGGACGAAUUAGUGUAACUACUUCUUUCAUUGAAAAAUGAUGGAGAAAGAUGUUAAACAGUGUACCAGGAUAAACUUAAAAAUUUCAUAUAAAAUAAUAUAAAUUCAGAUCAUGCAAUUCUUUUUUAUUACUCUUCAAACAAAAAUUAUAGCCCGUCCCCGUUCCAUGAAUCGCCCUGUAGAGUGGUGGUAAAACAGCUUCACACUGUUCGAUUCGAAACGUGACGGUAGCCUGUUGGAACAGUUAAUUAAAAUCGAAGUGGUAGACAAUUAUCGAGCUAGCUUCUUUAUUUUUCUUCUUUUUUUUAACCGUGUUCGAAGUUCAUUAAAACAUUAUCAUAUUAUCGAACGUUAAUCACGGUGACUUAUUAAACGUUCUCAGUGAGAACAAGCUAUUCGAUCGAUUUCAGCGAAAUGUUAUGAAAGAGAACAGUCUGAGAGACUGUACAUAGUUGAUGUUCUUUAGAGAUUAAAAAAAAAAAUGAAAGAGAGAUUUAAUCGAUGCUGUAAAGGUUGUAACUAAUUAACCAAUGAAGUAAUACUUCGUUUUUUCCGCUAGAUCCCCGAAGGGGAAUUUUUGAAUGAACCUUAUGAUAGGAGUUUCAACGGAUUUGAAAAAUUGACAUUAGUAGAGGAAAUACUGGGGGGUUGAAAAACACGAUAAAACCAUCGUCGAUGGACGACGUUGUCGCGAUGCCAGCCAAAGAUCACAGAUACAGUAGAAGCUCCAUUAUCCGGAUUAAUAAAGCGACAUAGAUACGAUACAAAAAUAAUAUAAUUUAUGUGCAAUCGCAUAAAUCAUUUUUAUCCGAAGGCUAUCAAUAAAUCUUUCAAUACUUCAAAUCUAAUGACAAUCUUGUUACCGAUUUUAAUUAUUGUUUUACAAAGGUGAAUUAUUUAAAAAUCAAUCAUUCAGAUACUGGAGAUUCUACUCUAUACACAUAUAUGUAUGUAUAAAAAGAAGAAGUAUAUAGUGUAUGUACGUAUACAUACAGCAUAGAUAUUUUAAUAAGAGAAUCGUUCAAAGAGAUUUAAUAUAUAUAUAUACAAACACAUAUGUAUAAAUAUAUAUAUAUACAUAUUUAGUAGGACGUGUAUAGACGACACUCAAUAGCAAAGCGUUAAAGUGAUAAACCGUAAAUGGGAUCUGAAACGUGGCCGAAUUUUCGUCGUUCGAUCGCUGGGCGAACGAUCUUUCAUCGAUACACGAGUAAAUCGCGAACCCAAUUCGAAAAGUGACGUGACAAAUAAAAUCGUCGCCGAUUUCUCUAUCGAUCGAGCUAACCAACUCGAUAUACACUAUACGCGUGGAAAUACGUUCUGCUACCGAGUACCUGAUUCAUCUUUCGAUUUGCUUUCGAAGCAAUGAUCAUUGCGUCUACACUUUAAAAAGGGUUUGUUCACUUACACUUCCCAUUCAUCAAAAUACAUGUACACCCAUUACACAAAAAUUGGACUACAUAUACGACGCAAACUAUGCGUGAUGUAUAGCCAGUCGCAGAAAUAUAGACUAAUUUUUUUAAUUCAAACAAGCAAUGAAAAAUCAGAAUAAAAAUGUCGUUUAAGCUUUGUAGAGUCGUUUGAAAUUUGUCAGAUUUUUGAGGAUAAAACGUGUCUUCAUUUUUUUAUGAUUGAGUUGAACCAACGAACCGAGCAAACCUGAUCUAGAAACUCGUACACUGCUUGCUAACAGCCACCAAACGUCGAUGCUUUUAACCCCUUUGACUCGACUAUCUUCGCUAAUGGAAUCGUUAUCAUGUUCUUAUCUUUCUCUCGUUCGAGGAACGACACCUCCACCGGUGUCACGUCGCUUUUCUCCUUCGAACAUUACCGAUUCUCGCGAAUUGGAAAUGGAAAUCGUAAUGGAAAUUCUAGGAUGUUCCAGAGUUCUGCGAUUUCUUAUUAAAGAGUAUCGAAGGCACAAAAGAUGAUUAUCAAAGAAAUGAUUUGAUCAAACAUGUAAUCAAAAAUGCUACUCGUACCUCGCAGAUCGGAUCGUCCAGCGAGCAUUACCGACGAGAAUUUAUGGAAACGGGCGAUCUCUCUUCUUCGUGCAUUUAUUCCAAUUACUCUUCAUCCAACGAGCAAGUCCUUUCAAUUCUAUGCUAUCAAGCGGACCUGCAACAAAACCAAUUCAACCGGUGAAUGUUUAUGCCACGAAUCGAAUUGCGCUCGUUUUAUUCGCGGAAAACGUCGUUUUUAUUUUUUCAAGCCACGCCACUCUUCCUUUCAUUCCCUCCUUUUUAUCCUGCGUUCUAUUUGUUUUUAUUCGACAUCGUUGUAAAACGUUCGUAUAACUAACCCUUGUCCUGAUAAUCCAUUUACGUGACGAUAUUAUAUUGUCGGAUUAAAAGGAAAUUUUAAAAAAAGGGUGCGCUUUCAAAAAUAAUCCAAACUCUUUGAAAAUGUUAUUCAGUUUCAAGUCAUUAGUUUUUACUUGAUAAAGGUUGAUCAGCGAAUAUAUUUUAGUAUUCAUCAGAAAAGUUUAUUCUAUUAAGCCAAAUCUAUGCCUACGUAUUUAUUCUUAUUCCUGUAGGAACGUUUAAACAAAUACCCUCGCGUUUUCUGUUUCGUGAAAAGUGUGAACGCGUUGUUAAACAAACGUUUGAUUCUUGUUUUUUUUUUUUUUUUUUUUUUUUAUAACAGCAAAUGUUUAUUUCGUACACAUUUCUAUGUGAACAACUGUACGUAGGUGUAGACGGGGCUUCACAUUGCAUUUUCUUUUCUUUUUCAUAAAUGACAGUUCGCGAAUAAAUAUUCUUCGCUCGUUAUAAUAGAAUUAAAGCAUGACGGAUUAAACGGGCUGUUCGAAGUGCCGAUUUGUUGAUUUGAAUUGUUAAAUAGGGUAAUUGCUUCUAGAGAAGACGAAUUAAUUUGUCGUUCAACCGAAGGAUAUUGCAAUAGAUUUGGCAACAUAAAAUAAGCAGUGAAAAUAAAAUCAUUAGUAUAAAUUAGAGAAAAAUUAAUUUCGCUUAUUUUAAAAAUAAAAAUUGCAAUAAUUUUUCCAGCAAUCUAGUACAUUUAAUAGAAAAAGAUUCUUCCCUAUUCACUUUUCAUUACUCUAACUGUUCAAUGGAUACAUAUUAAUUCUGAGAAAAUGAUACGGUAUAACAGGUUAAUUAGAGAAAUCAAUUAGCAAAUGUGUAUCUCACAAUCAAUCACGAAAGGAAAUCUCGUGUUAUUGAAAGUAAUGAAAAAUUGUGAUACUUUCUGGCACUCGAGGCUUCCAUUUAAUCGGUCGAAUUCGCUUAUCGUUAAUUAAGGUACGUAAAAUUAAAUAAACGAGAGAUAAUCCUUAACCCUUUCAAACCUCGUUUCAUUUCAACACUUUGGAUAAUCUCUUCUCUGUAUUUAUAUUAAUGUAGAUAUUACAUUAUUGUUUAUUGAUAAUUGUUCAUUGUUGACUUAAAUUUAAUGAUUGAAAUAUGACAUUAAAGGGUUAAUGAACAUCCCUUUCGUUCAGAUCUAAGGAUGUCGUUCCACGUGGCCAGCCCCAGUCUAAUUAUUUAAUUAAAUGAAAUUGUAUUUACAGUCAACGUUGUUAAAAUUUCAGAAAUAUUGGCGAUACAAAUUAACACGUUUAAUGUUCCCUCGAAAUUAACCCCUGACUUUAGAAUUUUUUAUACAAACUUAUGGGCUUUUAAAAAAUAUAAAAAAAUACGUUCGAUAAAAUAAAAAAUUUCACUUAUACCCUCGACGACCCAGAUUUCCCAUAGGGAAAUAUAAAAUCCUAUAUAUAAUAAGCAAAUGAAUUGCAAAAUACUCUGCAAUUUGUUUAUACAAAUUAGCAUGAAACGUGAUGCUCGAAUUGUUUGCAUUGAAGGGGUUAACUUCGACGAAAUGCUGUUCAACGAAUCGAAAUGAUCGAUUAAUUUCGCCAAAUUUACACAAAUUAGAGGAAUCAGAAACGUAUCGCAAGUGUGUUCGCGUAGGUUGAUUAAAUCGAGUAGCCGGAUACCAAUUGUAUUUAUACGUUUUUUGUAUUUUCUAUAUACGAUAACGAUCGGUAUACAACAAGUAAUUAGUUGAGUAGAGUCAAAGUGAUUAGACAAAAGAGGGAGCGAUAAGAUUUUAGUUUAGAAUUGGCAUUUGUAGGUUAUAUAAAAUCGUAGGAUUUAAUUGUUAAUUAAAAACAAAUGGAACCAAUCGUACGAUAGAUGCAGAUUCUUCGAAAGUAAAAGAAAAAACUUUCGUGAAAAAGACUUGAAAAGUAGAAUCGUUGUUUAGGGGCGGAGCGUCGGAGGACCCGCCCCUGUCGUCUAUUAUCGACCAAUUAUUAUGUUCUCACGAUAAUAUUCUAUAUUUAUUCGUGAUUUAGUCUUCGUACGUUUAAGUAAAAUUAUUCGAAGGGAAUUCGGUUGUCUUUUAGUGGCAAUCGACCAAGGAAGGAAUCGUCUGACUUAAUAUCAGUUGUAUCACUGAUUAACUUAAUUAUCUUAAGUGUUAUCCUUCUCGAAACAAAAGAGAUCCAUGUGUUCGAUUUUGACUUAAAACUAAUUAGUGUGCGCAAGGGUUGAAAUAAGUUCGAUAUUACAAAAAGUAUCUGCAUCACGGUCAUACGCACAGCAAGGACCAGUCGACGAAACCAAUACAGAAUCAAUUAAUUAAUAACCAAUUUAAAAAAAAAAAAAAAAAAAA